CCGUAAGAUCCAAUGCCAAUCCGAAGAAAACGCCAUGGACACCAUAGAAAUUAAACAAAACCCAACUCUCGGAUCCUCUUCUUAAUUAGAAUUCACAGUGCGUGUUGUACACGCCCCACUGAGCCUCAGAGGAAUCUGAGACCAUGAUCCGAUGAUGAGCAUGAUCUGUUCUUGCUUAUAGAGCAGAAACAAUGGGCUUUUUAUGUUCUGCUUGUUCUUGGGAUAUUCGUGUUGCUCUAAUAUGGGUUUGGAGUGUGAUUUAUGUGGCAAAUGCUUCUGAGAAGUACAUUUCUGCAGUAGGAGACCCGGGAAUGAAGAGUCCAAAUGUGAGAAUUGGGCUCGAAGCUUGGAACUUCUGCAAUGAAGUUGGGGCUGAAGCACCUCAAAUGGGGAGUCCUAGAAUGGCUGAUUGUGCUGAUUUGUACUGUCCAGUGAUUUCAGUAGAUUCGGUGGAUGGUUUUUUGCAUGAUAAUGGGAGCAAGUGUGAAGCACAUCAUAAAGUGGAGAAAUCAGACAACCAUUUGGGUGCUGGUGAUGUAUUCCCUGUUGAGGGUUUUUAUUCUCACACAGACCCUGACCUGUUUGCUGUGGAAAAGGAACUGUAUCUUGGUUCUCUGUGUGAGGUGCAUGAUUCUAAUUCUGCAGAACCAUGGCAGUUUUGGAUGAUCAUGCUCAAGAAUGGCAACUUCGACAAAAACACAACACUUUGCCCUGAAAAUGGCAGGAAAGUUAGUAAAAUAGUUACAAAGAGAACAUUUCCAUGUUUUGGUGAAGGAUGUAUGAAUCAACCACUUGUGUACCAUAACUACUCCAGAGUGGUUUCUUCUGGGGACAAAAAUGUGUCUUUAACUGGAGAAUUUUAUGGGACCUAUGACCUUGAUGCCGAUUUGAGCAAAGGUCCAGGGAAGAACUCUUACUUCUCGGUCUCAUGGAUGAAGAAUAUGAGCUCAGGGAGUUGGAUUUUCUCACAAAAGUUGACAACAUCUGCAAAGUAUCCUUGGCUUAUGUUGUAUCUCCGUUCAGAUGCAACUAAAGGAUUCAAUGGUGGUUAUCACUAUAAUGGCCGUGGCAUCAUGAAUAAGUUGCCAGAAUCUCCAAACUUUACUGUGAAACUGACGCUUGAUAUUAAACGUGGAGGAGGCACCAACAGUCAAUUUUAUCUCCUUGAUAUAGGAAGUUGUUGGAAGAACAAUGGAGAUCCAUGUGAUGGUGAUGUUCUGACAGAUGUGACCAGAUAUAGUGAGAUGAUCAUAAAUCCGGCAACUACCAACUGGUGCCGCCCAAAUAACCUCAUUUCUUGCCCACCUUAUCAUGUUAGUGCUGAUGGUGAAAUAAUAUAUAGAAAUGAUACAUCCCGGUUUCCAUAUUCUGCCUAUCAUCUAUACUGUGGGCCAGGGAAUGCUGACUAUUUGGAGAAACCCUUUGAUAUCUGUGACCCAUAUAGUAAUCCACAAUCACAGGAAUUGGUUCAAAUUCUUCCACAUCCUGAGUGGGCUGUGCACGGUUAUCCUGCAAAGAAAGGAGAUGGAUGGAUUGGGGAUUCCAGGACAUGGGAGCUUAAAGUGGGAGCGCUCUCUAGUCGAUUGUAUUUCUACCAGGAUCCAGGAACCAAACCCGCGAAGCGGGUGUGGACUUCCAUCAAUGUUGGUACUGAAAUAUAUGUUAGCAGCAAAGGGGAGACUGCAGAAUGGACUGUAAGUGAUUUUGACGUAUUGGUUCCUGAAGAUACUACUGAUGAUGGUGAAGGCUUUUUUUAGUUUUUUGCCAAUUUGUUCAGGUUUCACCUAACCAAAUAUAAAUGCCCCCCCACGUAUUUCUGCACUUAAUUAUUUCUGUAUGCUUGAAUAAUACUUCUGUUGUCAACAAAUAUAUAGAAAUUUUAUGUGAAGAACAUCCUCAUUUCUUGCCUUUAUACUAAGGUUCAUCUUCCUCA